AUGUUUGCUGUUCCCGAGGUCGACGACGAUAUUGAUGUUUCGACUCCGACAGAAGCUAAACAAUCGAUUACGUCGCCCGAAGUCACGAAACAAUCCUUUUCAUCACCGCCGCCACUUCCUUCGAUCGAAAAAGUAGAAAAAAAUCCAAUCAAGUCGCCAGUUCCACCUCCACCGCCUCCACCACUUUCUUCAACAUCUAUUCCUAUGACAUCAAAACAGCAUCGUUCACGUCGCAGUCUCUUCCAUCGAAAUACUAUUCACAUCUGCGAUCAAAUUGUCGACCGAGUUGCAUCACAUCAACAACAUCAUUCAGCACCUCCUUCACAAAAUCAACAAUCGAAGCUUGGUUUGCAUUCUAUUAAUGAAAAUGUCGAAUAUCUAGCAACGAAUGCAGCAAAUGAACAACAACAACAACUGCAGCAGCAACAAGAAUUGACCAAUCCUCGUUUUCCUCGUUCGAGUACAGUUCCUUAUCCAGCCUACGCAACAUUGAGAAAAGGUGGUGGUACUCGAGUUCCUUCACAUUAUUAUUAUACUGAUUAUCCAACAUUUGUUCACGGAACGGUUUCACCGGCACAAGCACAUUCAUAUUUUAGCGCUCGACAGCCUCUGUCAUCAGUAAAUUCAAAUUUUCAACCAAUUUCUCCUCAUCAUCAACAAUACACUAGUCGACCCGUUGAUAUUCUAAAACCAACGUUUCUGCUUGUUUCAAAGGAAGCUGAGCAUCAAUUGGCAUCUCAACUGUCAGCUUCGAAUUCACCUGUACCAAUAGGAACUCAUCCGUCAACGAAAGUAGCAACGAAACCAGUCGCAAAGAGAUCAACAACAACUAUGGAACAAUCAUCACCAACUUCUCAACGUGUAGAAGCUCAAACAAACACGGAUUCGCCGACCCAAGCAACUAUUGAUAAUAGUCAACCACAUGUUGGCCUUAUAGCUACAUCGAAUGCAUCUCCAUAUGUACACUUUGUUAAUGUAGCAUACUCAACACAAUCACCACAAUUUUUUCAAGAUGGUCCACCAGAAACAUCGAUUUUACAAGAUGAAUUUAUAAAUAUCAACGAAUAUUCUCAACCAUCGACUAGUAUUCGAUCAAUGCCGAAUAUUGCCUUGACACAAGUCUCGCCUCAUCACUUGUAUGGCUCACCUCCUUUACAACAUUAUCAGCUUUCUCAACAAGUCUACGAUGAACAGCAACAACAACAACAACAGCAGCAGCAGCAGCAAGCACUGAUAACAAGUAUGGAUUCAGUGGGAGUUCGGGCAGCUACAGCACCACAAAUGGGAUCAUCGUCGAAACCGACACGUACUGAAGCAGGAGAAACGGAUGAAUCAAGUUUGGCAUCACUCGAUUUUGUACAUACAGACCUGGUUGAUAUACCGGGCUCAUGGCGAUACCGAUCUGUGCCUAUUUCUGCAGGAGGACGACGUUAUCGUGCACCAAUCCCUCAAUCAUUUCUUGAUUCUCAACAAUAUGCCAGUGAUUCCGAACAGGUCGUACGUUCAUCGAGCUUUCGUCAUGCUCAGCAACCUCUAAUUCAAGCCCGACCUUUCGGUUCAAUCCCGACAAUUAACCGACCUUUCGAUUCAAUUCGCAGUCAAUCAGGCAUUCAAAUUGGUCCAUCGAUCCGUUUGAAUGAAAAAGAUGUUCUAAAAAUUGCAUCUUUCUAUCAAAGUAUCGGCACACUUGUAUAUGUUGCUCGAAGUAUCGCAACACUCUACACAUCGGAUUUCGAUGCCAUGGCCAAUCUAAAAGAUUGGAAAGUUCUCUACACAGGUGUACCUAUCUGGCUUUUCAACACGGGUAUGAAUCCAAAAAGAGCGCGUUGUAUUCGCUUAAUUAUGUCUGAACUUGGUUCAAGUUUUACGCUUUGGGAUACGAUUGUUAAUGGUGCUUCUGAUGUUCGUUUACCGAAAGCACGUCAUAUAACGCUGAAAUCGUUGGAAACAGGUACAGUUCUUGCCUUGAAAUUCGACGAUACAAGCGCAACAGAUGAAUUUCAUCAAUAUUUCGUUAAACUAUCAUGUGAUCCACGUAAUGCGGAUCUCUUCGAUAUUUUCAAUGCAAAACGUCGUCGACCUGUUUUUAUCCUACGCAAACGUAAAAUAAAGAAAUCCGCUAUUUCCAAACCAUCUGAAUUCAAUCACAUCACAAAAGUUGAUGAACACGAUCGAGAUUCAUUAUACACAUAUUCGGUGCUUGUGGAUGAUGGAGCCAUUGUUGGUAAACACAUAUUCGUACUCGUUUAUAAAACUGAUGAUCCUAUUCUGAUUGCAUCACCGUAUCCUUUCAAUACAUCGAAAUCUUCGUAUAUACAAUGUUUUAGCAAUGAUGAGAGUAUCAUUUUUUCCUUGACUAUCAUUGCAACGAUGUCAGACAUGUCAUCAACAUUGCAAAGCACAAAAGAUAAUCUAAUUCACAAUGAAAGUGUUGUUUUAACCAUUCCUGUAAUGUUUAAUUAUUCGCAACUGCAUUCGAAAAUUGAAUGUCGUUCCAGUUACCAUCAUGGUCAACAGAAAUACAGUCAACUUGAAGUGUUUUCCGUUGCCGAAAUACCUGAUAAUAGUCUUCAGUCAAUGAAUGCUUUGACAAAUCAAAUCGCAACAAUUCAUUGUCUCACAUACGGAACAGAUGUUUUGAUUCACUGGGAUUUCACUCCUGACUUAACUAAACAUCAAUUCCAUUCUUUACCACUUGGUAUUCGCAUCACUUAUCGGUUUAUUCUGAAUGACACUCUAAUUAUCGAUCAUGUCUCGUUUUCUGAACAUAAUGGUUAUUACCGGUGCAAUGCAACGAAUCGAUAUCUGAAUAAAAUCUAUGACGAUGCCAAGAUCUUUCAUUUGAAGGUCGAACAAAGCUCCGUAUGGAUUCCGAUCGUCAUCGUGUGUGCAGUGACAGUUAUUAGCAUCUUACUACUUAUCCUAUGUUCGAAAUAUUCCCGAAGACAAAGAAAACGAUUAGAGGAGAAAAGUCAUCCGCAAGAAUUACCAAUUGACCAGAAAAAUGUCUCGGCAUAUUCUCGUUCUGCUAAAUCACAAGUAUCAUUAGUAUCAAUGGUAAAACAACAAAUGGAAGCCACUGUGAAAACAACUCCUCAAUUCGUUCUCGGAAAUCCGUUUCUCGACCCUAAUGUUCAACCAACUCCCUUAUCCUAA